CGGCCAAUCACGACUCAGCUCCACCUGUGUGAUCUGGAUGUAGCGUGAGGCGGUGUAGAGUGUGCCGGUCGCCAUGGAGACGUCAGGUGUGCUUUCAGGGAGGUGGAGGUGUGUUCAUGGCGUCCAGCAGAGCCCUGGACGUUCAGUUUGCUCUGCAGAGAGCCAAGAAGAAGAUCUGUGAUCUGCAGCAACAGCUCAAAGAAACCAGUUCAGAGGGUCCAGAGGAGACCAGUCUGUCCAUAUGGACUCCCAGCAAGGAACUAAGGGACUCUCUGGUGGACAUGUACAGAGCUAAUCCUAAAGUGAACGUGGAGCUGCGACAGCGUCUGCCCUCACCUGAAAGACACCACCUCAGCAGCCCCGACAGACCAGGGAGCAGCCUGAACCCAGAGAUCACCGACUGGCCUCAGGCUCCUCAGUAUCUCCAGGAGCUUCCAACCUCCUGCUCCAUCUCCCCUCUGUCCCACAGGAGGUCCGUCUCCCCCGUCUUCCAGAGGAGGUCCGUCUCCCCCGUCUUCCAGAGGAGGUCCGUCUCCCCCGUCUUCCAGAGGAGCUCCGUCUCCCCCGUCUCCCCCGUCUUCCAGAGGAGCUCCGUCUCCCCCGUCUCACCUCCAUCCUACAGGAGAUCUGUAUCUCCGUUGUCCUCCAGGCUUCCAACAGUUCCAGGGGACAUGGAGGUGGACCUUUCCCACAGCAGAGGCCCCUCUCCUCGGGUAGAGAGCAGCGGAGACGCCCCAGAUGAUGGAGCAACGUCCAGAGGUCCUGGAAGUCCGGCCCUCAGAAGACACCUGGUCCCUCCUGCCGACAGUCCUCAUCAGCUCUCUGCAGCCAGUCGACUUCAGAGUUUUGAUCGAGACAAAAACGUCUCGUUUCUCCUGAAGGAGCUCGACGCCAUGAGAGAGAUCAACAACAAGCUGCAGGAUCAGCUGGUCCAGAAGGAGAAGGAGCUGCAGAGGAGGGAGGUGGAGGAAGAGCUGAGGGAGGAGCAGAGGGAGGCGCAGCACUGGGGGAGGCCUGCAGCGGUGUUGGAGGAGGUGCUGGCGGCUCAGAAGGACAGAGAUCAGGCUCUGAUGUCACGACUCCUGCUGGCCAAUGAGGAGAGAGACGAGGCUUUGCUUCGAGCUCGACGACUGCAGCAGGCGGCUGAGUCAGACAGCUUUAACCUGGAGGACACUGACCUGGACAUUGAUGAGCUCAUUCAGCAGGUCCAUGACGCCGACUCCGGCCAGGACGUCCACCAGUUCGGUUCAGUUCUGGUUGAGCGCCUGCGGCUGGCACGGCAACGACGGAACGACAUCACAGCCCAGGAGAUGAAGGCAGUGAUGGAGGAGAGAGACAGAUCUGUCAUCAAGUGUAAACGUCUGGAACAGGACCUGCUUCAGGAGAAUGCUUCAUCCAAUCAGGACGAGCUGCUGAGGCUGGAGAGGGAGCGUGACCGAGCUGUGGAGGACAGACGCCGGCUUGAGGCGGAGAUUCAGGCACUACGAGCCAAUCACAGCUCUCAGGACCUCGCCCUGCCCUCCCAGCCCUCAUCGCCAGGUGACGGAGCCCCGCCCCCUCCACAGGUGGAGCCGCAGCAGGCCCCGCCCCCUCAGGCCCUGCUGGUCCAGCUGCAGCGAAUGUCUCAAGAGAAGCAGAGCGUGGAGGCGGAGCUUCAGCGCUGCCAGGAGGCAGAGCGAGAGGCCAGCGAGAGAGUCCGCAGGUUGGAGCGUUUGGUCGAAGUGUUGAGGAAGAAAGUCGGAGCCGGAAGCCUUCGAUCGGUCAUCUGAUCGCCUCAUCGAUAAUCAGACGUAUUGAUUGUACGUCACUGAACUGAUCAAUGAAGGUUUUAUCUUUUUGGUUUUGUUUUGUUUUCUUCUGUCAUGGUUAUUAUUUUAUUUUGGUAUUUGUUUGUUUGUUUUUGUUUUCUUCUGUCAUUGUUAUUAUUUUAUUCUGAUAUUUGUUUGUUUUUGUUUUCUUCUGUCAUUGUUAUUAUUUUAUUCUGAUAUUUGUUUGUUUUUGUUUUUUCUGGCAUUGUUAUUAUUUUUAUUUUAUUCUGAUAUUUGUUUGUUUGUUUUUGUUUUCUUCUGUCAUUGUUAUUUUAUUUUAUUCUGAUAUUUGUUUGUUUGUUUGUUUUUGUUUUCUUCUGUCAUGGUUAUUAUUAUAUUUUAUUCUGGUAUUUUGAACCUACAAGUAUUUUUGUUUUUAUUUCCUCUUCUUUGAAUAUUUUUAGGAUCUUGAACCUUAAACCCCUGAAACGCCUCAGAAGUUUGAAAGUUUUCUGUUUUAUUUUCCGGUGUUUUCAGUCAUGACUGUGUUCUGAACAUGAAUCGAUGUCUGAACGAGACAAUCAGCUGAUUUUGUUUGCGCUGUUGCUUUUACUUUUUGACACUUUUAUCUGAUUUUGUCUGCACUAAAUACGACCGGCUGUAUUUCUUUUUACUUAUUUUUGGUGUAAACAUGAAAUAAAUUGAUGAUAAUGUU